AUGGAGGAGGUGAUGGAGGAGGUGGUGGAGGAGGUGAUGGAGGAGGUAAUGGAGGAGGUGAUGGAGGAGGUGAUGGAGGAGGUGGUGGAGGAGGUGAUGGAGGAGGUGAUGGAGGAGGUGCUGGUGGAGGUGAUGGAGGAGGUGAUGGAGGAGGUCAAUAUCUCCUCCUCCUCCUCUUCUUCCUCGCUCUGUCUCCGUCUCCCGGGGAACUCCUAUGGUUUGUGGACGAAAUACAAGAUCAGCAGCAUCUUCUGCUCCGUGGGAACGCAGAGACGGAGCGAGAGGAAGUGGAUGAUUCAGAGGUGGCAGUGUGCGGAGAGUGGCUUCCUGUCAGAGAUCUUGAUUAAAAUUCCGGCGGCCGAGAAUACGGGUGCCGCACUCUGGCAUAUGGACACGCCCAGGGACGUACAGCACAGCGACUACAGGGGCGGCUUUAUCUGGCAACCACCGGCUUUAUCUGGCAACCGCAGAGAGUAG